CCGCAACCAUCCCAGGACCUUACCAAGAGCGCAUCUCGACAUCACGAUGACUGCCUGAUUUACUUCGUUGACACAAGUGGAUAUUUAAUUAUAAUACGCAGAGUUAUUCUUGUUCAGAUCAAGCCUUGUUUUCAUUUCAACUCGCCACGAAGACCUGAUCCGGCCGCCAUCUCAUAAUCCAUCCGAAAUAAACCCCACCCUUCCACCCGAGGUGUAUAUUCGGGCUCGGGCAGCUUAGGUCCCAGCAGCAACACACUCGAUUUUCAUCUCACAUCUCGCAGCUUAUAUUGGAAGCAAAAUCCACCUCUUGAUUCAUCAACUGCCAAGAAUAUCGGCCGUAUAUUUUUCCACCUCACUUAUUACAUCACGACAUUCUUCGGCCAUCUCAUCUCAUCGACCUCAUCCCGCUAUUCUUCAUCCCCCCUAACUCUUCUCUUACCUACCCAGACCGUCACAUCAUGGGGCAAGACGAUCGCCCAUCGCUUCUGAUACUCCCCUACCCUCCCGAUCCACUCACCCGCGACUCCCUCAGCGCUGCCUACCGACCAUCUCUUAAAUCCGCACUCGAAAAGGUGAGGCGCCCAACCGGUGCCGCCAAACUCACCGUCGCAGUCGUCUGCCCCGUACUCCAAGGCCAAUUUCUCCGAUCCAAAACCCUCUCAUGGCCCGACGCCCAGACGCUUGUUGCCGGCAUCUACGGCCUCAUCUCAGUCCUCUGCGCCCAGCUCUCGAUCAAUACCGAAGUAAACGGCGGACCGAACUCGGUCGACUCGACCGUCGUCUUGAUCGACGAUGACCGCAACAAGCACUACCCAACCGACUUCCGUCCUGCCAUCGAGCCCAACAACACCACCAUCGUCGACAUGGCCACCUUUGCCUCGGCCUACUUCCCCUGGAACUUCAUCUUUAGCGUUAGGAGCGAGCUUGGAUUCCAGGUGUCGCAGGCCUAUCUCAAGUUUGCCGAGGGGCGGCAGAGCCUGCUUCAGUCACAACUAGUGCCGGUGGAGGGGGGGCUGGUAUUGAAUGUCGCAAAGAGCGACCCGGCGAGCGUGGCGCCACAGACGUCGACCUACCCGGCGGUGUGUCUGGGAGGGACGUUUGAUUACCUGCACCCGGGACAUAAACUCCUGCUCACGGCCGCCGCGCUGCUGCUCCAGGUCCCGCGGAGGGGUGAUCCUGUUCCGCCGUGCCGGUACAUCAUUGGCAUCACGGGGGACGAGAUGUUGCGGAACAAGAAGUUUGCCGAGUUUGUCCAGACCUGGGAGGAGCGGGCGCGAAACGUCAUCUUCUUUCUGGCACAGCUGCUCGAGCUUUCGCCACGGGGAUGGAAGGACGGCACACCGCCGCAAAUUGAAGAGAAGGACGGCGAUUUCACAGCGACGUUCCGGGACGGCACGAUCCAAGUCCACUGCGUGCGGAUCCAGGACGCCUUCGGGCCGACCAUCACCGUCGAGGAUAUCCAGGCUUUGGUGGUGUCUGCCGAGACGCGGUCGGGAGGACAGGCUGUGAACGAGAAGCGUGCUGAGAAAGGCUGGCAUGCGCUUGAGGUCUUUGAGGUUGAUGUGCUGGAUGCUGAGGAGGUCGAGGAUGAGCCCACCAAGACGGAGAAUUUUGCGGCCAAGAUCAGUAGCACUGCGAUCCGGCAGCAGAGGGCGGCUAGGGGUGGGACCAAAAUAUGAUUACGGGGGAGGGGUGGUGGUUGUAUUUUGGGAAUCAAACUAUUCUCAGCUGGAGUUAUUUGAAGAUUUAAGUGCAGAGCAGUGGUUAUCAAAUCUUCUGCUUUGUCGUAUAUCUGGCUGUGGGGGCAGAAUAACGGAGAAGCUCGGCUAGUGCACAACACAGGAACAGCAAAUAGUGCCUUACUUCAAGGUAUAAGACAGCAUCAGCAUGUGGAUAUUCAGCGUGGUUACAUACUGAUAAUGCUGCAGUGUGUGCAGCCAAUAAACAACCCGAAAACCUUCUGUGGCCGCUGC